GCGAGGGAGAGAGAAGACGACUCGACUCGACUCGAACUCGACGGCCGGCCGGCGACGAGCACGACGCGGAGGCGCAUCGCCGGCGUGCGGCGGAGAUCGAAAACCCCGCUUGCCUUGCCUGCGCCCUCACUCCUCCCCCUCCCCCGGAUCCGCGAGGGGCGGGCACCCUAGCGAGCGCGCGCUCGGUGGCACGGGGAGGAGGGUGAGGGUGGGACGGCGAUGGCGGCGCCGCGGUGGAUAGGGGCGCUUCUUCUGCUGCUUCACUUCGUGGCGGCGGUCGCCGGGAAGAGCUACUACGACGUGCUGCAAGUGCCCAAGGGAGCGUCGGAGGAUCAGAUCAAGCGGUCGUACCGCAAGCUCGCCCUCAAGUACCACCCCGACAAGAAUCCCAACAACGAGGAGGCCACCAAGCGAUUCGCCGAGAUCAACAAUGCUUAUGAGGUCUUGACGGAUCAGGAGAAGAGGAAGAUCUAUGACCGGUAUGGCGAGGAGGGGCUGAAGCAGUUCCAGGCCCAGGGUGGGAGAGGUGGCGGCGGUGGGAUGAACAUUCAGGACAUCUUUAGCAGUUUUUUCGGUGGUGGUGGUGGUGGGACGGAAGAUGAGGAAGAGCAGAUUAUAAAAGGUGAUGAUGUGAUUGUUGAACUGGAUGCUUCAUUGGAGGACUUGUACAUGGGCGGUUCACUAAAGAUUUGGCGGGAGAAAAACGUCAUUAAGCCAGCACCAGGAAACAGGCGAUGCAAUUGCAGAAAUGAAGUUUAUCAUAGACAAAUUGGUCCAGGAAUGUAUCAGCAAAUGACUGAGCAGGUCUGUGACCAAUGUGCAAAUGUGAAGUAUGUGCGAGAAGGUGAUUUUUUGACCGUUGAUAUUGAGAAGGGAAUGCAAGAUGGGCAGGAGGUUUCAUUUUUUGAGGAAGGAGAGCCUAAGAUUGAUGGUGAACCUGGAGAUUUGAAGUUUAGGAUCCGAACAGCGCCACAUGAGCGGUUCAGAAGAGAAGGCAAUGACCUGCACACAACUGUUACAAUCUCCCUGCUCCAAGCACUGGUUGGUUUCGAGAAGACCAUUAAGCAUCUGGACAACCAUAUGGUGGAAGUCGGCACCAAGGGUGUUACCAAACCCAAGGAGGUUAGGAAGUUCAAAGGGGAAGGUAUGCCGUUGUACCAGAGCAACAAGAAAGGCGAUCUAUACAUAACAUUCGAGGUUUUAUUCCCGAAGACCCUAACCGAUGACCAGAAGACCGAGCUCAAGGGCAUUCUUGCAUAAUCGAAGGCCAGCUUUUCGCUUUGGUGCUGAAGCUAGCUAUCAUUUGAGGUGGGAAAACUACCUCAAAAGGAUAUUUUCCAGCUUAGUAGAAAGCACCAGCAGCUGCCUUUGUGCGAGUGAUUUUGCGGUUGAUAAUGCUAGCAGUUCAGCCUUUUGCUUCUCUUUUUUUUUUACCUCGUUUGUUUUCUCAUCUCAUUAACAGCCGGGUGUAGCAUUAGAAAGUUCGACGAGCUGUACCAAAAUAUUGCCAAACUGUAUUUACUGGUUGUAUAACAGCGGUUAAAUUACAUGUAACUUAAGUUAGUAUCAUUUGGUAA